AUGGCGACCCAACAACUCAAGAAACCCACGCCGCCAGACGAUUUUGGGCACCGUGCAAUAGAUAUAGUAAAGAACUUAGACAGUCCCCGUGUUGAUCUGAACAUUCAAGCUCUUUUAAAAUUUGAAGAAGAGUGUGUGGAAUAUGAUUCGACUGGUCUUAAAGAAUCUUUUAUUUCCUUUUUUAAAAGUUCUGAACCCUUUCAAAACUCCCACAAAAUAAUGAGUAAACGGGAGUACACUCAAUUUAUGAAAAUUUAUUCCCCCAAAAUCGUUCAAUUAGUUUUAAAGUGUCCUCACGAAGAGUUAUUACGUCACUCCUUACCAGUGAUUUUUCGAAUCUUCAUAUUCGGCUCCCUCCCUCCCAACUUUGGAAUAACUUUAUACAACACCGCGUCCCGAAUGUCUGGCGCCAUAGUCCUCCGUGCUCAAGACAUACUUGUCAAGAUCUAUUCUUCCUUAUCUGCGACGGAGAAGAACAAACUUCUCAGCACGUCUUUAGAGAGUGCAAAGAACAUGAACUGGUAUGCCACGUCCCUCCUCUGUAAAUUACUGAAGUCCACAUUUCUCCCGUCACAGUAUGUCGUCCCCUCCCUUGGCUUAGCGGUGGAGGAGAUUUCCAACUUGCACGACGUUCUCAUAGAAAUUGCGCACCAGAAAACGAACGCGCAAGCCCUCCGGAAGAUCUUAGUGGCACACUAUAAGAACAAUUGUGGAGAUGAACGCAUUAAAGUGGUCUUCGAUGUCCUUUCGGCGACUUCGCCGCUCGAAGAGGAGAGCGAGGAAGUGUCGCUGAUGAUCCAAAAAGCCGUUCUAAGCGACGUCCCACACUUGGAGGAAAGUCUUGUGAAAUUGGGGAAAACCGAUGAAAACGUCUUUGGAGCGUGUCUGCUGGGGUUCCUCAAAAUUUCGGGAUUUUUGGAGGUCACAAAAUGGACGAAUAAUAUUUGGACGUUGAAACGGGCACAACAGGCGAUGAGGAUAGCGGAGGAAUACGAGAAUUUGCCUGCAAAUGCGUGCCGGUUUGUGAUUGAUUUAUUUCUGGAAUAUAACGCGCUGUCUAAAGCACUUGUUUUGGAUAAAGAAAAGGGAAUUGUGUCGUUUAAAUUUGAGGGGUUAUAUGGCGUUAAAAUGCUCUUUGAUAUCGGGAUGAAGAGCGACGACUAUUUAAUAGGAAAUGUGCUCAGUCAACUGUUUGAAGGGAAAGAAGAUUUGUUUGUUGAAUUUGCGGUAGAGGCGUUUGAAAAGAAUCCGAGCCAAAUUGGGGCCCAAAUGGCGGGAAAUGUGCUGCGGAGAUUUAGUGCAACAAAAGUCAUUUCCAAACAAAUAACGCCUGAAAGAAAGUUCAUUCGAAUCAACCGAAAAGUCAGAGAAGGCGAAGAACAAAGAGAAGCUACCAUUCAAACAAAAUUCUUUUCUGGACUUGUUGGGAUGACUAAAUUUGAGAAGAAUUUAAUUGAAGAGACACAGAAAGACAUCCACAAGAAUUUUGUGAGUGUCGAUUCAUGUUAUAAUAUGAGUGGGAAAGUCUAUGACGCAAACACAGUACUAACAACAAUAGUUACUGAUACUAUAAAUGAUCUAUUACAUGACGACUAUGCGAGUGAUACUAUAGGUAAAGCAAUAGAACUUAUAAAUAGUAAUAAUUAUGAGGUGAAAGUAUUUAUAAACGCCGAUUUGGUGAAUAUUAAUAAGACCCUUGGCAAUGUCUCAAAAAAUGAUGGCGAUUUAGUGACUAUACAAAUAACUCCGGGGAAAGUGAAUACUCCACAAGAGAAAGAGAAGGGCACACUCAACAAUGAAAGUAAAGAAAAGACGCCACGUGGAGUAAAGACGCCAAGAAGUGUUGAGAACGGUGACGUGUCAAAAGUGAUCUACGAAGAGCCCCAACUCAAAAAGAUCCCCGAAAAUGUUUUACAAAAUGUUAUUCGAUUUCUUGGGAAUUCCACCCUUCGCCAAAACGCGAUUUUAUUCAUCAAAAACGUCGACAAAUUUGUCGAGUGGGAGGGCGACGCGCUCAGACUUUCCGUUACAAAAGGUGGGAAACAGGCGCUUGGGAUUGCGCGACUUGAAAGUUUGCCGAGUCAAAUGACGACGUCGCAAUUUUCCGAGGUACUCAAAACGUUCAAGGAGUUACUUUUAGAGGAGAGCGAGUUAGUCAAUUUGGCGGCUUCAGUUUUACUCAAAAAUGAAGAGAAAGUCGACAAAACGGUGUUUUUAAUGGAAAAUACCAAAGUAGUUGAAUGCGCACUACAAAAUUGUAAUAAAAUGAAAGAAAAGGCGGUGAAGUGUGAGAAUGAAAAAGACUCAAAUCAAGUAAAGGAACACAUUGGAAUUGAAAACAGUCGACAAGUGUUAACGAAAGAAACUAUUACAGUGUGUGUAAUCAUUCUAUUGAACAACCACAAGAUCAUUCCGUGGGACGUAGACGUCUACAUCACUCCAGUAGUCCGAGCACUUAAAACUGGAUUGAACCAAAACUUGUUUGAGUCUGUAUUUCCGAUGUUGGAGAACCCCCCAAAACUCGUCGAACAGUGCAGUCGAGUCAUCAUCGAAUACGCAGACGAUAAAUGCGAGAGCUCCCACCCGUUCAUUCAAAAUCUGUUACAAAACAUCUUGACGUAUUCGAGUGGAAUGUCUC